AUGGUCCUAGACCGGUCCAUGCGAGUGCUCUCAUUGGCAUUGCUGUGCGUUUCCGCAGAUGGCAGCACAGAAGCGAUUUCAGACUGCGAAUGGCCAUCCUGCAUGCCACACUGCAUCCCAUGUGAGAACAGAAAGGUGGGAACAUGCUACAUGUUUGGAUGCAGUUCAUCGAAAGGACCUACUGACUGUUUUCUGGGGAAGUGCCUUUGCAAAGAUGGUUACUGCGCCGAUGGAGAAAUGUGCAAACCACAGGUGUGCAUUAAGGGCGCUGAACCACCUCCCUUCCACCCAAACAACUUUCUCAUCCUUUUCAGCUCCAUGAGCAGCAUGGAACAGUUUCCGAAAUACGAAGAGCUGCAAAACGAGUACAUGAAUCAUAUACUGCAGAUCAUCCCUGUACCUCUAUUGCUUUUGCUGAUUGGCAUCGUAGUGUCAAUCACCACAUGUGCAUGCAUUUGCUGCGGAGGAGGUAGUGGCUACCACUACAGCAUGGAUUUCUCCGAUGUUCAGCAUGACGAAAAUAUUGGCCUGGUAUCAGGCAAAACGGGACGCCCAUUAAUCUCAGAGGAGGAAUUUGCUCGACGGGCCUGGAAGAAGCGGCCAGCGUGUUGCCCUAUGUUUUGCACAUCGUUGCUGAUCUUCUGGAUGUGUUUUGUUGGCGCCAUUUUCCGCUUCAGAAACUACCAGUAUUCCGAGUAUGUGAUCCUCGAGUCGUUGGAAAGAGCAGAGGAAAACGCGGCGGAGAUUGCCAAUGCAAGCCUCACCAUCAACCAGACAAUUUCGGAUUUGCACGACAACUUGGUGGAGAUUCCACUGUCGUGCAAGACGGAAGACAAGGUCGUCAAACAUAUCCUGUAUACUUUCACCGCGAAUGCGCUUGGAGCCAUUGACGACUAUGUGGACCAGGUAUACAGCAUUGUGGACAUAGUGGUGCCAAUUCCAGAACAAAUCGCAGAGUUUCGCAAAUUUGCCUCAGGCCAUCGAAAGCUGAGUGUGCGGUUGCCAUUGGCCCCGCUGCUUCUCAUGGCCGUGAUUUGUGGUGGUAUUGUGCUGGAGGCCACGAUGACAACGUGCUGCAGGAGCAGUAGUCUUACCAGAUGUGUGGAUACAGGUUUGAAACUGGCAGCUGUGAUAUUUGCACUGAUUAUUCUCGUUGUUACGUUCCUGAUCUUUGUAGAGACUAUCCUGCUGAUCACUUUGAGCAAGUUCUGUGAGGAUGUUGACAACAAUGUCCUCUCCUACAUCAACUCGACAACGUGGAACGUCUCCAAUGUUAUUCCCGAAAUUGCUGAGUACUACAUUCGUGGUGCAGACAAGAACCCCAUUGUGGAGUAUGAUACAUUGGCACUCAAAUACAUUAAUCAAAUCCAGGACUACUACAUGAAGGCAUCAAUAGCACUUGCAGGUUUCGGAAUGGUAUGUCCAGCCUUCAUGACAUUGGAUGUCAAUGCUAUCGCCCGAAAAGCCAAAGAUAUUCUAGCAAGGGCGAGAAUCUUGCUGAAGGGUGACAACAUUUACCCGUACUACAUCCAGGUGGUGCGAUGGGGAAUUUGCAACAUUGUUAUCUCUGGGGUUGGAUGGAUGUGGGUUUUGCAGGUUGUUGUCGGUUUGGUUUUGUUUCCUUUAUGUGCCAUUUUGACGCACAAGUUCCUGGUGGGCUGGGCCGCAUGGAUCAAGGUUAAAGAGGCGCGCAGGCAGCGGAUGGCUGCGUCCGGGAUCGAAGGAGCUAGUUCAGAUUCUGACGAUGAAGAGGAUGACAGCGACGAGCAAGACUCAGAGAUGUCGGACAGAAGCCCUGGGCGAAGCCCCAUCACAGGACGACAACUGUCCGGAAUAUCGGGCCGAAAUGCCUGGCUGCCAAAACGUUUCUUUUAA